AUGUCUUUGGUGGCAAACGAAGAAUUUCAGCACAUUCUGCGUGUGCUGAACUCCAACGUCGAUGGGAAGCAGAAGAUAAUGUUUGCAGUGACCUCCAUCAAGGGUAUUGGAAGACGAUUUGCUAACAUUUGCUGUAAGAAAGCUGAUAUUGACAUGAACAAGAGGGCUGGUGAGUUGAGUGCUGCAGAGUUGGAUAAUUUGAUGACAGUGGUUGCAAACCCUCGUCAAUUCAAGAUACCAGAUUGGUUCUUGAAUAGGAAGAAGGAUUACAAGGAUGGCAAAUUCUCUCAAGUUGUCUCCAAUCAUCAUGACAUGAAGUUGAGAGAUGAUUUGGAGAGACUCAAGAAAAUCAGAAACCACCGAGGUUUGAGGCAUUACUGGGGCCUUCGUGUUCGUGGUCAGCAUACCAAGACUACUGGACGCAGGGGAAAGACUGUUGGUGUCUCAAAGAAGCGAUAA